AUGGAUCAUCAUAGCAACACCACCUCGUUAAGGGAACUAUUCUCCUCUUCGCAUCCAGACCUUCUCUCGGCAAUAGAAUACAUGCAUGAGCACCCGUCCGUAGGAAUAUGGCAAUACAUAUGCAGUAGAAUCAGAUACUUCGAUCCCCAGAUCCACUACCUUCCUCAGCUUGUUCAUGUAUUCCUCUACAAUAAAGACCGAGUGGCUAGUAAGCCAAUGCAUGACCUUCUGAGAUACUGGGCAUCCAGAGAUAAAGAAUUUUCCUGUGCACUAUACUUCCAUCUAAGAGGCGCUCUUGAAAGUGGCAGCGACGCAAGAUCUAUAUCCUGUUACUUUCUGAUCUGCGAUAUGUUUGAAAUGGAGAGAAAGAGAAUGUGUAGAAACACAAGGAUCCUGGAAAUACAAUACAGGUACAAGAGGAAGAUAGGCAGGACGUUCUUUACACCGGCCUCAAGAAAAGGAUAUCCUCCCCUCAGAGGAAUUUUUCUUUUUUUUGUGAAGGCUGUGUCAUGGGUAACCGAUCCAAGGCUCUUCAGGAGGAUUUGCAACUACGAGGAGAUGUUUUUGGAAACAAGGGAUGUGUGCAAUAUCAAUGUGAAGAAAGACCUAAGGUUCGGAAACGCAUUCGACGGACUGGGUGUGGGGGCAAAUGUUUCGUUUCUCGAGUCGCUUGUCGAGAUCCCAAGUAGGCUCAAGAAACUUCCAAGACACCUAAGAGAAAGGGGGCUGGAGAUGGAGAUCAAGCUGCUGAACCAUAAUCUGCCUGCAAGGGUAUUCCUUCCACUACAUUCAGGGAGGUUUGUGUUGACAGCCAGGGUUGAGGAAUCAUUUCUUUUGGAUUCUGCCGAAAACUCCCCGUUUCUUGUUGUAUUUGAGACUGCAUUGGAGGUGCCGAGAAAGAGCUGUGCAAGGGAUGAGAUAAAGGAUGCUCUGUUUCUGAAGCAGCAGCUCGAUGCAGUCAGUGGCCUCUCUUCUCUAAGCGAGAUACACAUUGUCAAAGACAAUGUGAUGGCCUCUAUAGAAAAGAUCCUGAUGACCAAAAGGUAUGAAGACACCUCUUCUGAGAAUUCUCUAAGUACAGAGACUUCCCAGAAUAGUGAAAGAAGAAAGAAUAAGCACCUUGACGAUAUCUAUAUCAGAAAGAAGACUGGAAAGCAUGGAGGAGACGGAGGGAUUCUUCUCAUGAACUCCAGGUCAUAUUCUGCAGGGCAGCUGGGACAGGGAUGCUCUCUUACCCCCCUACCCAAGGAAAGUGCAAGCACGCAUACACACACUGGAUACAGAUGCCAUGACGGAUGGAUACUUAAGAAGGCAGAGCUUAAGAAGACUUCUUUGUUCGGCAAAGUAAUUGGAUGGUGUGCAGAGUCCAUAAUUGUCAAGACGGGAGACUCUCUAAAACAGGAGUUGAUAGCACACCAGGUUUUACGUGAGAUGAAAAGGAUCUGGAGGGAAGAAAAUAGUUCUCUGUGGGUCAGGCCAUACAAGAUCUACCUUGUAAGUGAUACAAGCGGAAUAAUUGAGACUGUGGUCGAUGCAACAUCGAUACACAAGAUAAAGAAGAAGAUGAUGUCUGAAAGUAAGAAUUACUCUCUGAAGAACUACUUUGCAGAGUCCUUUGAGCUGAACAGUGAGAAGUAUAAGAGCUGUUUGAGAAACUUCUUGUACUCCCUUGUGGGAUAUUCGUUGGCUACAUACAUUCUGCAGGUGAAGGACAGACACAACGGGAACAUAAUGAUCGACGGACAGGGACACAUUGUCCACGUUGACUUCGGGUUCAUAAUGGGAAACCACCCCGGAUUCUACUGUGUUGAGGCGGCGCCGUUCAAAUUCUCAAAGGAGUAUCUUGAGCUUCUUGGAGAUCUUAUGGAUGAGUUCAAGAACCUGUUUCUCCAAGGAUAUAUGGCGCUGAGGAAGCACAGCGGCCGACUCUUCAGGAUAAUGGAGACGAUGCCUGGAAACUCGGCCACAGAAUGCUUCAACAGAAGAGAAGUGCAGAACUUCAAGGAUAGAUUCCAAAUGGAUCUCAGUGACGAGAGAGUUGAGGAACAUGUGACAUACUUGAUAAACAAGAGUCUCAACAGUAUGGGAACGGGGUUGUAUGACUCGUAUCAGUAUUUUUCAUAUGGAUACCUUUAG